AAAUGAUAUGAUAUUGCAGAGCAAUUGUCUUGACAUAAAUUAGCUUAAUUAAAUUCCAAUAAUACUGCAGUUUUUAAGUUGAUCUAAGCGACUGGUUCAGCGCAUGUGCACCGGCUCGCGCCGUGCCGCGAAAGGAAAGUCCUUUAUGAUGUACACUCCACAAGCAGGAGGAAAGGGAACUCCAUUCUCCCCCUUUGGUGGUGGAAGAAGCUCUAAAUCAGCAACACAAGGGAGGCGCAGUGUCAGUUUAUUCACCCCACAAAGAAAAACGCCUUAUAGCACCAGGUAUGGAUCCAGUCGUAAACUGCAGACCUCCCAAGUGGUGGAAGAAACGGCACAACACUGCGUGGAGAGUUACGGCACUUCACUUCCAGUGCUGGUCACAGAGACCCUGACCCUCGCAGACCGUUCAGCGGAUAUUUCUGUGAAGAUAGAGCCGUCAGGAUGGACAUGGCUUGUCCAUGGAAGAAGGUUGUUUGUCUGGAGAUUUAAGGGCACAAGUGUUGGAAAGAGUUCACAGUGUAAAGAACUCACCUUACCUCCCAGUGAUCUGGUCCAUAAAGCAGACCGAGUGUGUAUAAUUCCCACAGGAGAUCAGCUAGCUGCCUGUAUAGCAGUGUCGGCAGAGGGGGUGGUGAGGUUCUGGCAAAACAUCGCACAUGAGGGUUCUUUUAUAGAGACAAGUGCUGAUUUGAAGGGAGAGGUGACUGGAGUGCUGAUAGAUAUGAUGCCCCAUGGCUGUCUGCUAGCCAGUACUACAAGCACAGUGAUGCUUCUACGCCCAGGACAUCAUUCAGUGAGCAAGGUGCCACUGAAGAGCACGGAGGGCAUGUUAGCUGGAUUUGGAAGAAGGAUGUCAUCCUUCAUUUUUGGUUCUGUAACUGCACAAGCCCUGGGAGCUCCACUGAAAAAACUUCUUCUUGGAGAAGAAAUGGGCCCUUCCUCCUUAUCUUUUUACCUGCUGUCAGAAGCACACCUACAGAAGUGGAUGUUGAGUGACCCAGGACAAAACAAACUCUUGUAUCAGUGUGAAGUGGAAAAACUGGUCACUGAAUGUCUUGCAGAAACAAUCUGGGGCCAAGAUGCCACACAGCUUCCCCAAUUACAGACAUGGGUUCUAGAUAUACAGCUGUCAAAAGAUGGUAUUUUGCUGUUGAGUGCAGGAGUGAACCUGGAUGUAUCUCCUCAAGUACACUAUGCUCUAGGUAAGUGUAUUCCUCAAAUACACUAUGCUCUAGAUAAGUGUAUUCCUCAAGUACACUAUGCUCUAGGUAAGUGUAUUCCUCAAAUACACUAUGCUCUAGGUAAGUGUAUUCCUCAAAUACACUAUAUAUAUCAGGAAGAUAAUGAAGCUGAAUUGUUAAGUUACAAGUUGUUAUUACCAGACCCCUGUGGAGCUGUGGCAUUUCUCCACAAUACCACCUCUGUCUACAUUGUCUCAGUAACGAGCUCUAGUCAGGCUUUUGACAAAGUGGAAUUCCAAGGACCAGGAGAACGAUUUCUCGGAGCAGGUAGAUGUGAUAAUCAAGGAAUCUUCUUCUCCAAUAACCAUGGUCUUAUAUCUAUCCAGCAUACCCCUGGGACUGCCCCCGUGGACACCAGUGCCAUGGAUGAUUCUGUUGCCAUGGAUACAUAUUCCAGACCCGAGUCUGUGAUGGGAACAUCAGACCAGGUGGUUGCUGAACUUAGCAUGAGUGAAGACCAACAGACACGGCUGAAGGCAGCUUUCCUACAUCUGUGUAGAGGAAACCAGGCAGAAGCCCAGUCCAUAGUGGAUGAUCUUUUUCCUCCCAAAACAACCAGAUCUUUAGAACCUGGCUCUCAGUUGGAUGCCAUGGUGGCCACCCUCAGCAGGGACCUCAUUGAUGACUUUCCUGCCUCAGAUCCCCGCUGGGCUGAAGCUAUGCCACAAGGUAAGGUAUCUAGAAUCCAGGAAAUUGUGGAGGUUUUCCUGGAACACGAAGAGGAGCUGCUCACCUCUGAUACCAGUCCAAAAGAGAUGGUGUCCGUUAUCUUAGCUGUCAAUGCAAUAAUAGAGGGUAUGUUACAUGAAGCCUGGCAGUACAGAGUGUCUAAAGUAGCUGUGUUCCAGGCCCCAAAUCCACACAUACGCGAUCCUGAGUACCUGCCGUGGACCGCCUCCUCUGGUAUGAAGGGAGUCAGGAAUUUGGUGACAAAACAGCACCAGUUGACGGUGGAACAUGCUGUAAGUGAAUCCCAAGACGUCCAGACACGUGGCGCCCUCCUGCAGCAGCUGGUGAACAUCACUGAUGUGUUGCUGGAUGGAUAUCGCUGCCAGCUGGACUCUCUACGAAUGCUGCCAGGGGACACAGAACACAUGCUAGAGGUCCAGCAAUCCUAUACCCAGGCCAGACACAACCUUAUCAUGCCAUUUGUAAAGUUGGAGCAGUAUGACAGAGCUGCAGCUUUGGCUGAGAAGUAUUUGGACUUUGGUAUUUUGGUCAAGAUAUGUGAGGAGAGCAACAACCAGGAGCGUCUGCAGCGAUAUAUGACACAGUAUGGAAAUCAGGGUUUCUCAGACUUUGUCUUCAAGUGGUACAUGGAAGAAGGCAAGAGGGGCAAACUGUUGACCCAGCCCCUGGUCCACAAUGCUGCACUAGGACGGUUUUUACAAGCAGAAAAUACCAAGUUUCUCAGCUGGCUUCACGAGAUUAACACAGGAGAGUUUAUGCAGGUACUACCUCUGGUAUUUAAGAUUAACACAGGAGAGUUUAUGCAGCUACUGCCUCUGGUAUAUAAGAUUUACACAGGAGAGUUUAUGCAGGUACUACCUCUGGUAUAUAAGAUUAACACAGGAGAGUUUAUGCAGCUACUGCCUCUGGUAUAUAAGAUUAACACAGGAGAGUUUAUGCAGGUACUACCUCUGGUAUAUAAGAUUAACACAGGAGAGUUUAUGCAGGCACAUAAGAAUCUAAAGGAGCUGGCUCUUGAUGAAACUGAGUAUCUGUCAAAGAAAAAGACCUUACUGAGCUUGAGCAAGCUGUCUGCAUUGGCUGCCGAUGAACCUGUGGAUAAAAUACAGGAUGCUAUGGAAGAUUUGAAUGAAGAAUUAAAUCUCUUAUUGCACCAGGAAACACUUCCUCAGGAUAUUAUAGAGCAUCUUGGUUUAGAUCCUGAUAACAUGCAGGUUUUUAGCCCCAAACAAUUAAUAGAGCUGUAUGUCAGUGAUGUGAAUGAGAAAGCCAAUGAGUUUGACUUCAAGAAGGCUUUGGAUCUGCUCAGUUAUAUUGAUAAAGAUGCCCCAGACGUAGACAGUGAAGCCUUAAAACUACACAUCUGGUGUAAAGCCAUAGGGAGAGACAACUGGGUGGACAUUCAGACAGACAACCCCCUGGAAAACAGCCGAGAAACCAUAUUUUUCAAAACAGUGGAACUCAUCUACACUGAAGGUUCAGAUGUAAUGGACUACCUACCAGAUGUGGAAAGUUUACUGACAGCAGAUGAACUGUCUGACCUGAGGAAUAACAACAACUUCCAGUAUUUGGUGCGUGCAGGCUAUGAGCACAUGCAAACUGCAAUGACGUGAGGGGCCCCCCAGUAUUCAUUUGAAGAUUCUCAAGAUGGUCUGAUAUUUGUCUCAGCAGGAAAGGAUUUUGUUGGGCAUCAUGUUAUAGCAGACUUGACAGCACCAGAUGAAGGAACAGUAGUUGGGGAUUCAGCAGAAAACAUUACUGAGAAAACUGACAUUUUCUCUUGUAUUUGCAGAGAAGCAUCAGUUUCUAUACAACCAGGCAUGAUGGGGGAGCACUUUGAUACCAAAUAUCAAUUUGGUGCAACAAUUUCUUAACAGUAAUUGUGGAAGGAGAGACUUGACCUUUGACCUCCUCUACAGACUCAUAACAGCAGAAAAUUUUAUAGGGCCAGAAGGAAAUUAAAAAUUUCAUUUCAUGAAAUAUGCUCUGGAACGGUACUUGAAAGACUGUCUAAGAAGAAAUUGACACAAGUGAAACAUUUUCCACAAGACCUAAACAAGCAAAAAUGGAUUUAUUAGUUCUUUUCAAGAAAGUGUAAAUAAAAUAAAAUACUUCAUGCAUUCA